AUGGAAGGUGUAUUAUGGAAGUGGACCAACUAUCUUUCUGGUUGGCAGCCACGUUGGUUUGUGCUGGACAAUGGUGUGCUGUCGUACUAUAAAUCACAGGAAGAUGUUGACAAUGGGUGUAAAGGAUCUAUCAAGAUGAACGUCUGCGAUAUUGUCGUUCACCCGACGGAUCGCGCUCGCCUCGACCUGAUAAUCCCUGGAGAGCAGCACUACUACGUGAAGGCUGCGACCGCCAAGGAACGUCAGGAAUGGCUCGUAGCACUAGGGAGCGCCAAGGCAACUGCCGACAGCAUUGGACGACAGGGGUCAGAUUCAGGUGAUGUCUCUGCCGACAUUGUCCGCUCUAAGAAGUCUGAGCUGCGUCUGUACUGCGAUCUAUUGAUGCAGCAAGUUCACUCCGUCAAGAUGGCCGUCAACAAGGAACCACAGCCAGAUGUUAAGAGUCUGGACGAGGCGACGUCCCUGUUGAGUGCGACGUGUGACACGUUUAUCCAGACCCUGGAGGACUGCAUGAAGAUCGUGCAGACCGUAAACGUUUACGAGGCUCAUCACGUCAUAGACUCGCCCAUCCCGCCAUCACCCACUGGUGUCAGUAGACGGGGAUCGAAGACGGUGUCCUGGUCCAAUUGUUCUGAAAAACCUCGUCAGUCUCGUACAUCGCACUUGAGUGUCUUGGAAAGUGGGUCAAGGCGGAGACUGCGGAUAUCAUCAGAGAGCUCAUUUUCUGACCAGUCGCUGACUGAAAUGACCAAUGGUGCAACGCUUCUCAAAUCUCAUUCUAUCCCAGAUGACCGUUCUACGUCUAACGAGUUGACAGUUCGGGGUUCAUCAACGACAGGUCACAGUCAGUUGGCUGGUCGCAGUCUGUCGGACAGCAUUAUGGAAAUAUCCUCAGGUCAAAGUUUAGCCAAAGAAGCAGACAGUGUGGAAGAGUUUAAGGAUGCAAUUGACAGCAAACUUCCAACAUUCUUCUCAGAAAUGUCUCCUAGUUUUACAGAUCUCAUGUUUGAAGAGGAUAAUGGCAUUCCUGUCGAGCCAUAUCUUGAUGCAUGCCGAUCUCUGCUUCCAUUAUUUGAUAAAUUACACAGUACAGCAUUUGCUCCCGUAAAGAUGGAUUUUGCAGGCAAUAUGAAAAAAAUUCAGCACAAGUAUUCCACUGACACAACGAGGUUUCAGACACUGCAGAAGAUGGUGUUGUAUGAGGUGGACCACAAACAAAACACAGACUCCAACUCCGCCACAGUCGCACUGCUCUGGUUAAAGAGAGGGUUGGAGUUUAUUCUUGAGUUCCUGCGAGAGUUCUGUUCGGGGGAGACUGACCUGACGCUGUGUGCCGCCAACGCUUACAGUCGCUCGCUGAAACCCUUCCACGGCUGGGUGGUUAAAGGCGUCUUCGCUGUAGCUGUCAAGGCUCUGCCAUACCGGGAGACGUUUGUGUCUCAUCUGAGCGUGGGCAACUGCGACUCGCAGAGCGCGCUAUUCCACGUGUCGCUCAUGGAGGACAUUGAGCACUUCUCACGCUCACUGAGUCAUGUGAUUCAGGUCGUCACUCACUUCUACAGUACUCACAGCCUCGACUCACAGGAACAGAUCUGAACAUGACUGGGUGAAUCCAGGAGGUUUCUAGGGAGGGGCUUUAUACUAAUGACGUGUUGAUUAAUCAUCGCUCUCUUCUACACUAUUCACAGCCUCGACUCACAGGAACAGAUAUAGAUAUGACAGGGCGGAUCCAGGAGUUUUCUAGGGAGGGGCCUUAUACUAAUGACGUGUUGAUUAACUGUCCCUCUCUUCUACAUUACUCAAAGGAACAGAUAUAAAGAUGGCAGGGGUGGAUCCAGGAGUUUUCUAGGGAGGGGCCUUCUACUAGUGACAUGUUGAUUAAUCAUCACUCACUUCUACACUACUCACAACCUUGACUCACAGGAACAGAUAUAAACAUGACAGUUUGGAUGCAGAAGUUUUCUAGGGAGGGGCGUUAUACUAAUGAUGUGUUGAUUAAUUGUCCCUCACUUGUACACUACUCACAGCCUCGACUCACAGGAUAUAAACACGGCAGGGGUGGAUCCAGCAGCUUUCUAGGGGGAGACAUUAUACUAAUGACAUGUUGAUUAAUUGUCCCUCUCUCCUACAGUACUCACAGGAACAGAUAUAAAUGCAACAGGGUGGAUCUAGGAGUUUUCUUGGGAGGGGCCUUCUACUAGUGAUGUUCUAAAUCACCCAGUUUGACCAAGCAUUGUUCAUUGACCGUUUUGACGAAGCAUUGUUCACUGGACCAUUUUGACCAAGCAUUGUUCACUCGACCGUUUUGACCAAGCAUUGUUCACUCGACCGUUUUGACCAAGCAAUCGAGUACAAGUUUCAUAACAGAGUUCAGUACAGAGUUACCUCCCUUCUAGUUCCAGGGGUUUUGGUGCAAUUAUUAUCGGUUUCGUAAUCCAGUUCAAUACAAAGUUUUAUUACAUACCCAUUUAGUCUCAUUAUAGUAAUAAAGAUAAUUCGGACUGUGCAAUAAAAUAAAAAAAAUUAUUGAACAUGUGUGAUACAAGAUCUCGCAUGCAUAGUACGUGUUUUCGACCAAAUGACAUCAUGUUCCUAGCCAGGACGCUCAGUGUUCCAUCAAUUCCAUAAAUUCAACAAACGUUCCAGACGAAAUAAGUUGUGUUAUUUAA